CGGCCCUGAAGCAGCACGACCCCUACAUCACCAGCAUCGCAGACCUCACGGGCCAGGUCGCUCUGUACACCUUCUGCCCCAAGGCCAACCAGUGGGUGAGUGCGGCCAGGCCGCUGAGGUCGCCCGCCCGGCCACCGCCUCUUAAAGGGACCGCGCGGACUGUCCUGGGUUGGGGACGAUUCCGGAGGCCAGGGCGGCAGAGGAGAGGCCAGGGACUGGAGAAGAGACAGGCCGGUCCCUGAAAGGUGUCAGGGGCUUCGAGGAUUGGGAGAGAGGAGCGAGAGAAGUAGGCCCAAGACGUCCCGAGGGAAAAGCCGAUAGAGGGGAGGAUUGCAGGAGGAUCAGUCCCAUGGGGUCGGGUCCGGGGACAUGGGCGAUCUGCCUUCUUUGCAGAUGUGUUGGAGAAUGAGAACGGUGGGGUCAGAAAGAUACCUGAAAGAUUGCGUUUGAAGCUGUGAGGGUUAUUAGGAGAAGACUGAUAUAGAAGGGACCUUAUUUGUAUAUCGAAGGUCUUGUUCUGACUGGGGCAGGUUCCUUCCCAUGGUUUCUAAAGCAGAGGGAUUCAGCAGGAAUUAUUACUGACAUCUGGUCCUCCCCACCUUUUUGUAUUAGGAGUUAUCUUUUAAGGAUUGCCUUUCUCCAUUGAUGGUAAUUAACAAGAAUUUGUCAAAUAUUCUCUAAAUUCUGGUGUAUGGCUUUGAGAUCUUGUCCAAAUACACUGAUCUCUUUUUUUUUCCUUUGUAUGUAAGUGCUUUGAUAUUACAUAUUAACUAUAGCAGCUCUUUAUUCUUUGCCACUUUGUUCCCUGCCCUUCAUCUUUCUCCUUUAAAAAAAAAAAAAAAAAGGCCUUUAUCCUUCACCUACUUCAUUAUUCUUUAUUACCUAUGUAAAUCUCUAGAAACUCAUUUGUAGUUAGAGCCUCAGUAUCUAUGAUAUUUGGAAAGUACUUUCCUGGCCUUACUGUUACAGAAUAGUACAGAUCCACUGUUUGUAGAAAAUAUGAAGUUUAGUAUAAUAAAUGAUUUGGUUUAAUAAUAUUCAUAGAGGCUUACAGUGUUGAUCCUAACAAAAGGAAACCAAUGAAACUAUUUGGGAAAUGUGAGAAUAUUUUAUGUGCCUUGGAUUAAGGUAUGCCACAGUGUCAGAAUAUCACUUUGCAGAGACCUUAGUCUAGAAGAAGCCUGGAUUUGGGGUCAGAAAACCUAAAGCUGAAUUCUAGUCACAUUAUUUGUGUGACUUUGGACAAAAGCCUUAAUCAUUCUGAGUUUAUUUCCUAAUCUGUAGAGUAGUAUUCUAAAAUCUCUCCCAUGUACACAGAGAAAUGAAUGAGAAACUGUGAAAUGUUGUAUACAUGUGAGGAGUGUCUAAAGGGUCAUGUACUGACUCACCCUGAUAGGAGAACCAAGGACAUUUGUUAUUAUAGGAUUCGAGACAUUUUCUGUCUAACUCAGGAGAACUGUGGAAAGACCUGUUUGGUGUAAGAAACAAUCAUGAUUGUUAUGGUUGACAAGUCUACCUAAAGUAGACAUACUAAAUACUAUAUACUAUACUAAAUACCAAAUACUAAAUACUAUACUCUAUACUAAAACCAAGUCUGUACCGUAUUUAAAAUAAGUGAUAUUUUUGUUGAGCAAAUGUUUAUUCAACAUCUACUGGCUAUCUAUCUUGGGAUACAACUGCAAAAAAACAAGACGAGAACCCUAUUUGUGUGGAGUUUACAUUCUAGUGGAGAAAGACAGUAAAUAUAAAAAAUAAUAAGUGGUAUGGGAAAAAAGAGGUGGGCUGGAGGUAUUGAACUUGAGAGCAGGCUGGGAACCUGAGAAAGAGUAGUUCUUAGGUAAGUGUCACUGAGAAAGUGAUAUUUGAGGAGAAGCUUGCAGGGGGUGAGAUAACUAGAUUCGGGACGAGUGUUCCAGGCAAGGGUCUUUAGGUAGAAGUGCUCUCCUGUAGGGAAAGUGAAGAGCUCGGUGUGGCUGGAGCAAGAGAACAAGAGGCAGAGGAGAGGAAGGCAAGGAGGACACAUACCAGCCAAGGCCCUGGUGGUCUUAGCAAGGCCACCGGCCUUCAGUCUGAGGGACUAAGCCCUUGGAAACUUCUGAGAAGAGGAGGGAUAUGAUCUGUCUUAAAUUUUUUGUUUACAAUUUUAAGUGCUAACAAUAUUGUGUAAUGCAAUAAUGUAGUUAUUCUUUGAAAUGGAAAUAAAGAAGUAGAUAACAUUUCUGUGAAUUAAACAGUGACUACAGGGUUGUUUGGUUUUUUUUUGUUGUUUUGUUUUGUUUUGUUUUGUUUUUUGUCAAAUCUAAGGUCAGCCUCACCUUACCAUGGUUUUACCAUUGUGAAUCGACUGAAUAUGCACAAUCUGGUUGAACCAGUGAAUAAAGAUUUGGAAUUUCAGCUCCAUGAACCAUUUCUUCUGUAUAGAAAUGCAAGCUUGUCAAUAUACAGCAUCUGGUUUUACGAUAAGAAUGACUGUCACCGCAUAGCCAAACUCAUGGCCGAUGUGGUAGAAGAGGAGACACGGCGGUCCCAGCAAGCUGCUCGGGACAAACAGAGUCCCAGCCAGGCUAACGGCUGCAGUGACCACAGGCCCAUCGACAUUCUGGAGAUGCUAAGCAGAGCCAAGGAUGAAUAUGAGAGGAAUCAGAUGGGCGACUCCAAUAUCUCCAGCCCUGGGUUACAGCCAAGCACUCAGCUCUCCAAUCUGGGAAGCACCGAGACUCUAGAAGAGACGCCAUCUGGGUCACAAGAUAAGUCUGCUCCAUCUGGACACAAACAUCUGACAGUGGAAGAAUUAUUUGGAACCUCUUUGCCAAAAGAACAGCCAAGUGUGGGUCUGGAUUCAGAAGAAGUGGAGAAGCUGCCAGGAGAUGCCUCCCAGAAAGAGCCCAGCUCAUUCUUACCAUUUCCCUUUGAGCAGUCAGGAGGAGCCCCUCAGUCGGACAACCUGGGUGUCCAUCCUGCCGCCCACCACUCAGUCCAACCUGAAGUCCCCACCCCGGUGCUGAUCACUCCCGCCUCCAUCACACAGUCCAGUGAAAAACAGGCCCCCGUCUAUGCCGUCCCAUUGCGCCCUGUGCUCAGUCCGACUCUACCAGCAGAAGCUCCUACGGCACAGGUUCCCCCCAGCUUACCCCGAAACGCCACCAUGAUACAGGCAGUGAAGACCACGCCAAGACAGAGGUCUCCACUCCUGAGCCAGCCAGUCCCUGAGCUGAGCCACGCCAAUCUGACUGCCACCCAGAGCCCCUUCAGGGCCCCACUGAGUGUGACAAACACAGCUGGUACCUCGCUCCCAAGUGUUGAUCUUCUCCAGAAACUCAGGUUGACCCCACAGCAUGACCAAAUACAGACGCAGUCACUUGGGAAAAGUGCCAUGACAUCCGGCUUUUGUUCAGCAGCCGGCCAGCUGGCCACACCUGAGAGCUUCAUAGAGCCUCCCCCUAAGACUGCAGCCGCGCGAGCCUCAGCAUCCCUCAGCAACAUGGUGCUUGCUCCCCUUCAGUCUAUGCAGCAAAACCAGGAUCCUGAAGUCUUUGUCCAGCCUAAGGUGUUACCCAGUGCCAUCCCGGUCGCAGGCCCCACGCUGGUCACUGCAACAACCAUGGCAGUGUCCUCAGUCCUGCUGUCCCCAAGUGUUUUCCAGCAGACAGUUACAAGGUCCGCAGACCUUGAGAGGAAAACAGGCGCCCCCUCUCCCCUGACUGUUGGAACAUCAGAAAAUCAGAGAAAGCCUUCCAUUAUUCUCAGCAAGUCUCAGCUCCAGGAUACAUUAAUACAUCUAAUAAAGAAUGAUUCCAGCUUCCUCAGUACACUUCACGAAGUCUACUUGCAGGUUCUGACCAAGAACAAAGACAACCACAACUUAUGACUGGAGCAGGAGAAAUCCGAAGGCAGAGUGUCGACCUCAGAAACAAAUAGGCCUCGUCAUGGAAACUUCUAAACAGAACUUUAAGUUGUGAGAAUCCUGAAAUUGAGCCUAUGAGAAAGAGACUCAUUCCUUAAGAAUGUUUUCCAAGUGACGUUCUCAGUGAUAAUGGAGGUUUCACUGUGAAGCAUCACCAGCAGACCUUUGUUUUGACAAAAAAAAACAAAAACAAAAACAAAAAAAGACCAUUGUGUUAAAGUUGUGUGGGUGUUUUCAUCAGCUCUAAGAAAGGAUGUGAAAUUAGGAGUCUGAUUUUCAGCUUGCUUUCACUUUCAAGGUCUUAGGAGGGGUCACCAGCCUUGCAGCAGAAUUCAGCCCAGCCGCGCCCCUUCCCCUGCUCCUCCCCACCCUAGAAACUCGAGUCUUAGGCUCAUAGUCAAGUUCUGAAAAGAGCAGAAGUCUGCUCUGUGCAAAGUAGCUUUGAGUUUUAAGGAUCAGAGUUUAAGUUGGCGAAUUAAGACUGAUUUGUUCCAAGUGAAGUAUAUUUUAUAUGAAUGCCCCGUCUGGGCCUCAAAAAGUUCUGAAAUUUCUCAGUUGUGCUUUGUUUCUAAGUGUCCCCCGUGCUGCCAUGCAGCGGCUCCCAGGGCAGUGAUACCAUGAGAAGAGGGCCCCGCCAGGCCCUGUGACAAUAUGGGAGUAGCAUGUCACACCUUGGAAGCAAAGGCUGGGGCUGGUAAAGACCGAACGCGAUCAGAAACCUUCACUUUACGUUAAACUCUUGAGUGGUUUGGACAGUGUUAAGUUUUGUGUGAAGUGUAGCCUUAUUUUCCUUUUCUGUCUAAAUGCAGAAAUCAUUGUUGAUUGUUUUCCUUAACACUUUGACAAAAGGACCAGUGGACCAAUCUGACAAAGCCAUUCUGGUUCCAUUCCUCGAGUCUACUGAGAGUAGUUUUAAAGCUAUGCAGAAAAGGGAGCUUUUAUUCACACUGCCCUUACUUUAUUGUAGAAUAUGGAGGUAAAAACAAAGUGUGAAAUUCAGAACUUUACCAAUGUAUUCCUAGGCUGUGAGUACUUGUGCAGCCCAGAGUGUGAAGAUGUGUAAAGAUGCUUUGUUAUGCUGCUAUUGACCUGCCAUGAUUUAUAUUUAUUCUUUUAUGGCAUGUAAUGGUGAUUAGUAAUAUUUUAAUGUAGAUUUUGAUUUAUUUCAGCAAUAGUAAUUUUAAGAUACUCUUUGAAUGAAAGUGUCUUCGUUUCUAUGAUACAGAUCAUUUUGUAGUAUUUAACCAAUUAAGAUGCACUGCUUACUUUUCUGAGCACUAUUUAAUGAUGGGGUAAAAACCCAAUUGGCUCAACCAGCUAGCAUAAGGAUUAGCUAUGAAUAAUGCUGAUGGAUGUGAUGGUUCCUCGGAACAAUCAUUUAAGCUUUAAUGGUAACUCAAUCAUAAAUCCAUAGAUUUUUUUUUUUUUCCUAGCUGAGAUUUUAGAAAACUACUUGUGAAUGACAUACUUGUUUUAGUUUGGUCUUAGUUCUUUUUUAGCAUAAAGAAUACUUUAAUUGGCUUUUGUUGGUCUAAACAUGCUUCCUGGGCAACUUUUCUGCUUGUCAACUUAGUGUCUUCUCUUCCUGUCUACCUGGUUAUUUGUGAAUUGUUCAAAAGUCAGGGAAGCUCAUACAUUCUCAUACUCCAUUGGGAAUAGUUUGUUUUCAAAAGUAGUGUGUAAAUUCAGCAACCAAAAAUGGAUUGCUCGUACGUCACCCAGGAAGGAGAACAUCGAAGUAAGAUACAGAGUGUUACAGCAGGAGAUGGUGUUGGGGGAGCCCAUGUGACUCCAGAAACAGGUUUUCUCAGAGAAGAGGUUUGACUACACCCCCAGUGUAGCUUCAGUGGGCUUUGGCACGUGGAAGAAUCAAGGGAUUCUUGUUGUGAUAGGCAUUUGACUUGAAAUGCCUUGAGUAUGUAUAAUAUUAUGUGGGAGUUAAGAGCGACUAUCUUAAAGAGGGUCUGCAGUCAGAUCUGUUAAUGUUCACCCUUUAAUUCCAAGCAAGGAAUAUGUUAGACAGAAAAGAGAAUCUAUGAUAAGGUUUCUUUAGUGGGAAGAUAAACUUUUAAGUGCCCAAGUCAUGGAGACCUGAAAAGGGUAAGCCUGUUUCAACUCUAAGAUUCAUGUAUGAUUAACUUAAAAUUCAGAAGCCAGAAGUUCACUGUCACGAUUACCAGGAAGUUUAGGCCAGAAUGAGUCCCCAGAAAAGUCAGGCCAAGCCUGAACAGUUGCAGUUGUAUGACCCUGGCCGGGAAGUCACAGCUCAGUUGCCUUACUCCUCGGUCACACUUACUAUCCAGAACCUCAUGCUGGCUUAGGUUGCAUGUUUACGUUGCUACGGUGACUUCACUGGAACCUUCACUUCAAACCUUAGUUCAAUCAGAAUGGACAUCAAAACACAGAUGCUUCUUGCUAGUUCUGCAUUUAUGCCACCAUGUCCAUCUGUGCGCCACCCCCCCCCCACCCCAGGCCAGUGGGUGGCCCUGCUCUUGUGUUGUAGUCACAUGGUGUCCUGAAUGGACUCCUGCACCUCCCAGACAGCCUUGUUCCUUUAAGGCAGAAACCCCUCCUCGUCGUGCGUCUCUCCAGAGUUCCUAAGGUGGGACUUUGAAUCCUAAGUUUCCAAGUGACUGUCAGUGUCAGGAGACGCCUCUCAUACUGUCUACGUGGGAGUGUCCACAGCUCACCUUCCAAGGCUUUUCAGCAGGCUUCACAGAGUGGUGUCUUGCAAAGAGCCCAAGUUGACUUGGGUCCUUCUCUGCUGAAGGCUGCACACACCUUGUUUAGAAUGUGUCCGGCCCAAUUUUGCAUGUCAAGCAUCUGUUCUUUUCCUGCCUGUGUUUCCUUGUAAGAACUAUAAACCCUAUCAAAUCCUGUACUAGGUAAAUAUGUUUAAACCAUGCAGCUUUAUUCUUCCCCCCCACCCCCCCAAGAAUGUAGCUUGAAGUUUUCUCAUUUGGGUAGAAGAGGCCAUAACUGCCAUUGUAUUACUAAUAAUGCAACAUGAAAUUGAAGGUGCCUAACUGCUUAAAAAACAAAAUCAGCCAUCACACAGUAACUGGGCAAAAGGUAGAAACAGGAAUGAGAGGGGGCACAGGCACGGGGCGUCUGGUCCACGUGAGUGAGGACAAGGAUUCACGGGGACGGGUGUCCCGCAUUCUUGCUGCAUAUUUGCUGCUGAGCACACGUUUCUUUCUUACCUAGCUUUGGUUUUCUUCGGUUGUGUUCAGAGUACCUUCUGGAACCAAGAGUGCCCUGUGUUUUCAGGUGUAUAAAAUGUUAAGAUCUAAACCAAGUAAAGCACCUUGCACGGGCUUUUUAAAAGCUGUGCCUGAGAACAUUUCCCUGAGUGGGCCGGGGCCUCAAGGAGCCUGUUUUCCAGCAAAUUCAGCAGGAGAGAUGUGUGCAAUGUUUCACUCGGUUUUGUAUUUGACAUCAUUUAAAAUGCUAAGAUGCAAUAUCGUUCACUUUGGGGAAAAUGCAGAAGCGUGUUUCCCUUUUACCUGUGUGAUCCUUAAGAAAUGUGUUUUUAAAAUAUGUGUUCUAACUGGUUUUUUAUUCUGUAUUACUGCUUUGGCCAUGUGGCUCUCAUGACUUUCCGUGUACCAGAUUCUCCACUCCCUGAGACGCGGGGGUGAGAAGCUCUGGAAUUACAGCAAGAUUUUGUUCCAUGAGCGCAAUACUGCAUCAUUAACAUUUUUAAUGGUAUGGAUUUUAUACCAUCUGUGUAUGUUUGCAAAUAUUAAGUUAUUACAUGUUUUCAAAUGAGCAUUUUUCAUCCUAAAUUUUAUAUGUUUGCAAAUAUAUUUUUUUAAUAAAAGUUCAAAACCAAGUUUUAGCACCUA